CCCGGCCCCCGGGGCAGCCCGCAGGCUCAGCGCCCAGCAGAGCCGGGAGUCGCUCGGAUGCCGGCCCGGGGCCACUGAGGCCGUGGCCUCACCAGGCCCCGGGAAAGUUCAGAGCCGGAGAGCAGCGGCGCCGGGAGGCUGGACCCAUGGAGGCGCGCGGGGAGCUGGGCUCGGGCCGGGAGUCCGCGGGCGGCGACCUGCUGCUGGCGCUGCUGGCACGGAGGGAGGAUUUACGCCGAGAGAUCCCACUGUGUGCUGGCUGCGACCAACACAUCCUGGACCGCUUCAUCCUCAAGGCCCUGGAUCGCCACUGGCACAGCAAGUGCCUCAAGUGCAGUGACUGUCACACGCCACUGGCCGAGCGCUGCUUCAGCCGCGGGGAGAGCGUGUACUGCAAGGAGGAUUUCUUCAAGCGCUUCGGGACCAAGUGCGCCGCGUGCCAGCUGGGCAUCCCGCCCACGCAGGUGGUGCGCCGCGCCCAGGACUUCGUGUAUCACCUGCACUGCUUCGCCUGCGUCGUGUGCAAGCGGCAGCUGGCCACGGGCGACGAGUUCUACCUCAUGGAGGACAGCCGGCUGGUGUGCAAGACGGACUAUGAGACGGCCAAGCAGCGAGAGGCGGAGGCCACGGCCAAGCGGCCGCGCACGACCAUCACCGCCAAGCAGCUGGAGACGCUCAAGAACGCGUACAACACGUCGCCCAAGCCCGCGCGCCACGUGCGCGAGCAGCUCUCGUCUGAGACCGGCCUGGACAUGCGCGUGGUGCAGGUGUGGUUCCAGAACCGCCGGGCCAAGGAGAAGAGACUCAAGAAGGACGCGGGCCGGCAACGCUGGGGCCAGUAUUUCCGCAGCAUGAAGCGCGCCCGCGGCUCCAAGUCGGACAAGGAUAGCGUCCAGGAGGAGGCGCAGGACAGCGACGCCGAGGUCUCCUUCACCGAAGAACCGUCCAUGGCCGAGAUGGGCCCUGCUAAUGGCCUCUAUGGCAGCCUAGCGGAGCCUACCCCAGCCUUGGGCCGGCCCGCGGGAGCACCAGGCAGCUUCCCGCUGGAGCACGGGGGCCUGGCUGGCCCGGAGCAGUACCGAGAGCUGCGCCCGGCCAGCCCCUACGGCGUCCCUCCGUCCCCGGCUGCCCUGCAGAGCCUCUCAGGCCCCCAGCCUCUCCUCUCCAGUUUGGUGUACCCGGAUGCUGGCUUGGGCCUUGUGCCCUCAGGGGCUCCAGGUGGGCCCCCACCCAUGAGGGUGCUGGCAGGGAACGGACCCAGCUCUGACCUGUCUACUGGGAGCAGCGGGGGCUACCCCGACUUCCCUGCUAGCCCCGCGUCCUGGCUGGAUGAGGUGGACCACGCUCAGUUCUGACCCAGGCGCCUGGCUCCACCUGACUGGAAGCGUCUGGUCGGCAGCGCUGCCCCUGGCUGGGUGGCCUGGAGCUGCACUCUCCUCCUCUCCCGAAGCCCUGGGAAGCCCUGGACCUCCGAGAGAAGCAGGUGCCACCACCAGCGGGGGACAGGAUGAGGAUGCCAAGGGAGGGGUCGGUUCUGUGGAGCACCCUUGGAGCAGGGGCUGUCCAGGUCCGCUAGUCCUCUGACACAGCGCUGGCCCACCUGGUGACUGCCCAGCAAGCCUUGUUUUAUAAGCAGAUUUCUCCCUUUAUCGACCAAUUAACUGAGGGCUUGCUGUUGAUAAUAGACAUGAAAUGUCACCCCAUCUAGGCCUGGCCUUCACGCUGUGGCCUCUCCCAGCCCAGACCAGCACAGCCCUUAGGCUGGAAGAUGCUUUAAUUUCGAAGAUUAAAAAAUAAUGCUAGUCGUGCUUUCAUUUCCCAGGGUCCAUCUUUCUGAGUUGUGUAGCACCCUGGCCCCACUUUAGGUCAGAGAUGGGCCUCGUUCCUCCAGGGGUGAGGCAGUAGGUAGUGCGGGGGAGAGGGGCAUGCCCGUGUCCUUUCUGAUCCCUCUGGGGGCCUUCCUGCCACCAAUCCCCACCUUCCCCAGGAGCGUCCCCACCCCUCCCCCCGGCACAGCCGGCUCUAGAUCUUUCUGUUUUUCACUCCACUAGCUUGUGGAGUUGACCGGACUCCCUGGGGGCCCCUCGUGUCCAGAGCUACCCUGUCAGCCCACUAGGAGAUCCCUCCCCGCACAGAUUAAGUUUUCACACCCCUCCCAGUCACAGUCUCCCGCCCUGGGGUCCAGGCCACGCCCAGACCACCCAUUUCCGUUGCCAAACUGCCAGGGGCUUUCCGUCCCCGCCCUUGCUCUAACUGCCGGAGGGUUGGACGUCCGGCUGGAGAAGGCUGGGGCGGGGCUGCUCUGAGCUUGCCCGUCUCCUCUGUCUGAUGUUCUCUGGCUGGAGUCCCCAGAUACAAAGGCCGGCUGCGUGUAAGUCCGAGGAUUUCCUGCAAACCUGCGUCCCAAGCUGCCUGUUGGUUCUGUGAACGUCCCGUGUCUUUUAUUUAUUCUCUGA